GGUACCGUGAGAGGGGUGAGCGAGCAUGGGAGUGCUCAUGUCUUCCCUCCUUGCGUCGAAGCCUCUCGCCGCCUCUGCCUCGCUUCGCCCCGCCUCUUCUUCCGCUCUCCCUCGCAAUUCCCCGCGGCGGAGGAGCAGAUGCCUCGUGCGGACCCAAGAUUCCGAUACCGUUGCUUCCGACGGUGAUCCCAAGCCCCAGAAUGGCAAUCUGGUAGCGGAGAACCUGGCACAACUCAUGUAUAGUGUUAUGAUGACUGGUUACAUGUUUGGGAAUGCACAAUACCGAUUGGAAUUGCAGCAAAGCCUGGAGCAUAUUGCCCUUCCUGAUCCAGAAGAGAAAAUGAGGUUCCAGAUUUUGCACUUGGGACACAGAAAAAGGUGGCUGGAGAAGUUAUUAGGUGGAACAAGAUCACUGGCCCUGAAAAAAUGGAUGCAGUGAAAUACAUAGAAUAUCUUGAAGCAGAAAUCGAGGAACUGAAUCACCAAGUAGCAAGGAAGUCGUUAAAUGGACAUAAUGAACUUUUGGAAUAUCUAAAGACCCUAGAGCCCUAGAAUUUAAAGACUUCGGUGACUGAAACAAGUGCUCCUGAACUUGCCAAUCUGCUUUUUUGGCUAAUGGUAGUUGGCUAUAGCAUUCACAAUAUUGAAGUUUUCUUUGACAUGGAAAGAAUCUUCGG